AUGGCUGGUGUCUCUAUGGCCCAGGGAGACAUUGCUGCGCUCCUCGCCUCUCAGCCCGACCUCAGCACGCUGCUUGAACUCCUCAGUCUCGUACCCGGACUUGCAGACACUCUCGCCUCAUCUUCCAACAUCACUAUCGUGGCCCCUCCGAAUCAAGCAUUUGCCAACGUGCCCCGGGAUAUCCCCGAGGGCGAGGCUAUCGAGUAUCGCAACAACAUCAUUGCAAUCGGCGCACUCCUUGCAAACCAUGUCUUCAAAGGAGUCUAUCCGUCGAACGUUAUCACCGACGUUCCUACCUUUGCCCAGACCUUGCUUGAUGGCUCUUACGUCGAUUACAGACAGCCUUUCUCCAACUUCACAGGUGGCGCCUACAACGGGCUCGUGAAGAAUGGCAAGGACGUCUGCAUCUUGUCGGGAGAGCAGACCAUCUCCACUGUCACUCAGGCUGACAUCAAACUUGGAGAGGGGAUCACUAUCCACAAAAUCGACACGGUCCUCUCCUUCGGUGCCCCGUUCCAGCUCUUCACCUUCCGAGCGGGCUACCUCGCCAUGAACGCCGCCUUGGAAGCUGCGCACCUUAACCUUGCUUUUGGCGAGACUGGUGCUGAUGAGCAAGGUCUCAACAUCUCCGACUACACCAUCUUUGUUCCUACCGAUGAGGCCUUCAAGUCAAUUGGCUCCGUUCUUGAGACUGCCAGCCUGGAGACGCUUCAGGAGGUUCUUCGCUACCACAUCAUUCCCAACAAUGUCAUCUUCUCGCCGUCCUUGGGCAACGUCACAGUUCCAUCUCUCCAGGGGACCAACCUCACAUUCACGGUCUUGCCCGAUGGUUCAGCCUGGGUUAACAACGCAAGAAUCACGUUCCCCAACACGAUUUUGUUCAACGGUGUCGCCCACGUCAUUGACAGUGAUCUGAGCCCUGGAAACUUUGAUAGAUCUUCCUUGAAGCCAGCGGCACCAGCAUCUGAGCGAGUCGCUUUCCAGGGCGCAUCCUCAGUUUCAAGCCUGCCUUUCACGAGCGUCUCCUUCGCGACGGACAUGAUGGCAUUCACAGCAACACCCUCUUUGCUUCAGACCGUUGCUGCCGUCGCUACUGCUACCGCUACUGGUGCUGCUAAUGCGACUGCCACGACUUCUGGCAAGCCGAGUUUGGUCCCAACUAGCAACGGUAUUGACCUGUUCCCCGGCAUGAUAUUGGCCCUUUCCGUGGUUACCGGCAUCGCCGCGUUCCUCAUUUAG